AUGUGGAGCACAAGCUUAGACACUUUGAUCACUUUUAACAUUGCUGAAAAUUGCCGAACAAGCUUUCACCAAUCUACAGCAACUGUUCUUCCCCAUUCUAACUUGCGAAAACUAAACCUUUCGUUCAACAAGCUUCGAGGACCACUACCUAUUCCUCCUUCAUCCCUUGUUGAUUAUAAUGUCUCAAACAACAUGCUGACAAGAGAAAUUCCACCUCUCUUCUGCAAACCGAGUUCUCUUUCCUGCCUUAGUUUAUCCAAUAACAACUUAAGUGGCAUGAUUCCGCAAUGUUUAGGAAACUUCAGCGAUUCUCUGUCAAUGUGGGAUUUAAGAAACAACUCUCUUCAAGGUAGCAUUCCUCAAAUGUGCAACAAGUUGAAUGAUGUUUUCUCUCCUUGGUUGGGAUCUCUUCCAAAGUUGAAAGUUCUCACACUGUGCUGCAAUGGAUUCCUUGGUGUGAUUGGGAAACCCAAAAAGGAUUUGAAGUACUUCCCCAAGUUGCAAAUUAUUGACCUGUCAUACAACCAUUUCACAGGUGAGCUACCAUAUCAUUACAUGCUUAACUGGAAUGCCAUGACAGAGAUCAACCUUCCUAACAAUGCUUCAUACAUGGACGCAAAUUGGGUAUAUACUCUUCCAAACUCUUAUGGAUCUGAAUACAUAUAUCGUUACACAAUCACAGUAGCAUACAAAGGGGUGGAGAUAUACUAUAGUGCCAUUCAAGAUUUUUUUGCUUUUAUUGAUCUCUCAAGCAAUAAAUUCGAAGAAGAGAUUCUUGAAUUCAUUGGGAACCUAAAGGCCCUUCACUCAUUGAACCUUUCAAAUAAGAUACUAAGUGGUUGCAUCCCGACAUCAUUGGGAGACUUAUCGAUGAUCGAGUCAUUAGAUCUUUCUCGAAACAAUCUCUCUGGAGAGAUCCCUCAACAAUUGAAUCAACUCGAAUUUCUUGCGUACUUCAAUGUCUCUCACAACAAUCUUACAGGGCUAAUUUCAUGA